UGGUUUUCGACCUGGACGUGGUUGCAUUGAUCAAAUAUUCACAUUACGUCAGGUCCUAGAACAUAGACACACAUUCAGACGUCCCACAAUGGUAGUAUUUCUCGACCUUAAGGCGGCAUUUGACUCUGUUGAUCGUAAGGUUCUAUGGCAAUGUUUGUCACUGAAGGGAGUACCAAAGAAGUACGUCAACCUUAUAAAGGCUCUCUACUCGAACACAACUGGUCGAGUGAGAGCUUAUGGUGAACUGUCAUCAGAAUUGAUUACCUCAAGUGGUGUUCGUCAGGGCUGUCCACUCUCUCCAUUCUUGUUUAACUUUGUCGUUGACGUCCUUUUAGAGAUGACACUUUCCUCAUCUAAAUUUCCAGGAGUUGAACUUCUACCGGGAGAUCCACUUGUUGACCUAGAAUAUGCCGAUGACAUAGUUCUAUUUGGUGAAGACGCUGACAGAAUGCAGAGUCUGUUGACCACUCUAAGCAACAAUGCAAGCCUAUUCGGCAUGCGAUUCUCUCCCUCGAAAUGCAAAAUGUUACUUCAGGAUUGGGUUGCGUCGACACCCGGACUAGUGAUAGGGAGUGAAGUAGUUGAGCGUGUCGACCGCUUCACUUAUCUCGGAAGUCUCAUCAGCCCUUGUGGUUUGGUGUGUGACGAAAUCUCAGCACGGAUACAAAAGGCUCGACUAGCUUUUGCCAACUUGCGUCAUUUAUGGCGUAGGCGAGAUAUCCGUCUAUCAACCAAAGGACGUGUUUACUGCGCAGCAGUUCGUUCCGUCCUACUUUAUGGCAGUGAAACAUGGCCGGUAAGAGUAGAGGAUAUUCGUAGGUUACUAGUAUUUGACCAUAGAUGUCUUCGAAGCAUUGCUCGUAUAUCCUGGGACCACCGAGUAAGUAACUCAGUUGUUAGGAAACGGGUACUAGGUAAGGAUGGAAAAUCAAUUGAGGAAGUAGUGAAACUCAAUCAUUUGAGAUGGCUGGGACAUGUGUUGCGCAUGCCCGACCACCGACUGCCCCGACGUGCUAUGUUUUAUGGUGUAGGAGUAGGUUGGAAGAAAGCUAGGGGCGGCCAGACCAAAACAUGGCAGAAAUCCAUGAAGUCACUGACAAGUGGACUGAGUCAUGUUGGUAGGUGUAGACUACCUGGUUGGGAACCGCGAGAUGAUAGCAACCGAUGGUUAGAGACCUUGAAUGACAUGGCUCAAAAUCGUUUGCAAUGGCGCAGGUGCAUCCACUCUCUGUGUUCUCUCAAACUCUAAUCUUCUGAAUUCUUCAUGUCCUUUAUUUUCUUUCCCAAUUUGUUCCACUGGACUAUACUCCUUUAAUAACAUCAUCAAACCUUAAUGUCCCCUAUCUGUACUUAUACUUUCAGUACCUCUACCACUAUGGGAUUUGAAUCGAUAACUGAAUCUCUGUGCUAAUGUGGUAUGGCAACUCGAACUGAUGUACGUACGUACGAAGUUCCACGUUGUUACUGACUGACUGAC